UGUGUGGGUGGAUGUAACAAUACAUGUGGUUCUGUUUACGUUGGGAUAUUCGGAGCACAAACUCCUGGUGAACUUCUACAAAGGCUCUCGCGUUUCCUGGAGCAUCUUCUGCAAUCCUGGGAGGUUAAUUGGGUUAUUGAUUUGAGGGAAUUAUCAGAGAAUGGCUGCGGUUCAUCGAGAGGCUAUCCAGAAACAGAUCCAGCAAGACUGGGCUAAUCGAGAGUACAUCGAAGUCAUCACCGGAAGCAUCAAGAAAAUAACAGACUUCCUCAACUCCUUCGAUAUGUCCUGCAGAUCUCGAUUGGCUGUUUUGAACGAGAAAUUGACGACUUUGGAACGGAGAAUUGAGUACCUGGAGGCUUGUGUGACGAAGGGUGAAACUCUAACUUAAUUUGAGAAGAAUUUAUGUUCAAUAUAAUUGACUCUCAUUGAACUUCCGUUUGAUACUACUUCCUAUCCUAAGCCCAGAAUUUUAUAAUGAUUUUAAGACACGGAUUAUUGUGAAUCCUUGAAUAAAACCAAAUAACAAUGACCAAUUUUUUAUUA